GGCGCUGCUGCUGGUACUGGGGCCGGAGGAGGGACGCGCUGGAGCGGGACCGCCGGGACUGAGCGAGCGACAGACGCGCCACCCGCCGACGCCGCAGCCGCUUGGGGCCCGCACGGACCCUCUGCCUGAGUGUAGAAUGAGCCAAGGAGAUUCAAACCCAGCAGCUAUUCCACAUGCAGCCGAAGAUAUUCAAGGAGAUGACAGAUGGAUGUCUCAGCACAACAGAUUUGUCCUGGACUGUAAAGACAAAGAGCCUGAUGUACUAUUUGUGGGAGACUCCAUGGUGCAAUUAAUGCAACAAUAUGAGAUAUGGCGAGAACUUUUUUCUCCUCUUCAUGCACUGAAUUUUGGAAUUGGUGGAGAUACAACAAGACAUGUUUUGUGGAGACUAAAAAAUGGAGAACUGGAGAACAUUAAACCUAAGGUCAUUGUUGUCUGGGUAGGAACAAACAACCAUGAAAAUACAGCAGAAGAGGUAGCUGGUGGUAUUGAGGCCAUUGUACAACUUAUCAACACAAGGCAGCCACAAGCCAAGAUCAUUGUAUUGGGUUUGUUACCUCGAGGUGAGAAGCCCAAUCCCUUGAGGCAGAAGAAUGCCAAGGUGAACCAGCUUCUCAAGGUGUCCCUGCCGAAGCUUGCGAAUGUCCAGCUCCUGGAUACAGAUGGAGGCUUUGUGCACUCGGACGGUGCCAUCUCCUGCCACGACAUGUUCGAUUUUCUGCAUCUCACAGGAGGAGGCUAUGCAAAGAUCUGCAAACCUCUCCACGAACUGAUCAUGCAGUUGUUGGAGGAGACACCUGAGGAGAAGCAGACCACCAUUGCCUGACUGGCUCGCGUCAGUGUUAACACCAUCUCAGCUUCUUCAGCUCGGUUACAUCACUGGCUCUGCAGAAUCCUUCUCUUUCUUAAUGGCACUUUGCAUUGUAGAAUGUUCCUGGAUGUUCUUUCUAGUGUUUGAAAGGGAGGAGGGAUUUAAACUGAUCCUGUGCAUAGAAGGUUUGUUUUACACGAGAGAAAAAAAUUAGCCAAGGAAGAUUGUUAACUUAAUUUGAAACCAGAAGGGGACUUCUAGUUGUUUGUGUGACAAAUUCAUUGAAUUUUCA